AUGUGAUCAAAAUUGUGAAUUGCUCUCGGGUGUUUUUAUUUAUUUUGAACAGGAAAUCCUUGCAUAGUAUGGCGUAAAUCUAAAAAGCAACUUAUUUUUGUUCAAUUCGAAGUGUAUUUUCGUUCGUUGUGAGUCCUGUGUGCUCAAAAUGUCGCGAUCAAGCUCCGUGGAGGAUUUACCUGAACAGUGUAAAGACCUGUUCACGCAAGAUGGGGUUCUUCUCAAAGCGUGCCUCGGUAGACCGGUCACAGACCUCAACUCCAUCGGUAUGCUCUGCAUCGUGCAGAACCAAGACAACAGCAAAACUAUCGAGUGGCGACCAAACGACCUGAUCACCAUCGAUUCUGACACACAAGACCAAGAAUGGGCGGUCGUCAAUACUAUUGGUAUUACAAUGUCUUUUGCUAAAGGUCGUCGUCAGCGCACAUUAAGCGGGAAUAUAACAUCAGACUACGCAACCGCCAGGGCUCGCAUCAUCAAAAUACCCAUCGAGGAACUUAAGACCUUCAGGGUUACGAGAAAUAACCAACAAAUGCAGUUUUCCACAAAGCCAGGAGUGUGGCAAACGACUUUUUACUUUCAACAUGGCAAUGCGGAAAUCUUCGUCGCGUAUCUAAAGAACCAUGUGAAAACUGCGAAGACUCGCCAUGAUAGAAACACAUACGUCGUUGUAGAACCGAAUAUAGAGUCCCAAGUACUGAAUAAGUCCUUUGCUGAAUUGGAUAUAUUCACGGAGAAUACAACAGACGUUGUGUGGAAUUUAGUCUCUAACUUCAAACAGAGGCCUUAUGAGACCACUAUGGAGGCAUUUUCCAAACUCACUGACAUUGUGUACUACGGCAACGAAGGCAUGAACGGCAAAAGAGAUGUAUCAGAAGAAGUGGUGGACUUGUUGACGAAAAGUAUGAAUGCUAUGGAGGAGGCUACGACCGUGACCAAGAGUGACGAGUACGAAGUUAUCAGUGUCAAACCUACACUACCGCCCCGCCCCUCUAUACCUAGAGGAACACCACUGUCUCCAGAAAAGUGGUGGGCAUUACAAGAUACAGAGGGCAGGAUCACGGAAGUGGAAGGAGUGAAACAGCUCAUAUUUAGAGGGGGUGUAGCCCACUCGAUAAGGCAGUGCGUAUGGAAAUACCUCCUAGAUUACCACCCGUGGCACAUGACGAGUGCAGAAUUAAAGGCAUUGACGAAGAAGAAAACAGAAGAGUACUUCGCAAUGAAACUGCAAUGGAGAUCUAUGACUGAGGGGCAAGAAGCCAGGUUUUCAGAAUACAGAGACAGAAAGAGCUUAGUGGAAAAAGACGUCAAUCGGACUGACAGAACACAUCCAUUCUUCGCUGGAGACAACAAUCCUAACUUGGUCAUCCUGCAAGACAUCCUACUGACCUAUGUGAUGUAUAACUUUGACCUCGGAUAUGUGCAAGGCAUGUCCGAUAUAUUAGCGCCUUUGUUGUUGCUAUUGGGCAACGAAGUGGAUAGUUUCUGGUGCUUUGUAGGAUUCAUGGAUAAAAUUGCUUCAAACUUCGACAUGGACCAGGCGGGCAUGAAGCACCAACUCCUACAAUUACAACAACUGUUAACAUUUGCGAGCCCCGAGCUUGCCAACCACUUGGCGCAGAAAGAUUCUGGGAACAUGUACUUCUGUUUCCGAUGGCUCCUCGUAUGGUUCAAACGAGAAUUUUCACAUCGGGAUAUCAUGAGGCUAUGGGAAGUAUUAUGGACGUCGUUGCCAUGCGCAAACUUUCAUUUGUUAAUAUGUGUUGCCAUACUUGACGCGGAAAAAGAUAUUCUAAUCAGUAAAGAUUACGGCUUUACUGAGAUAUUGAAGCACGUAAACGACCUAUCAAUGUGUUUGGACGUCGACAAAAUAUUGAGCACUGCUGAAGGAAUCUUCCACCAAAUAAUGUCAGCGCCGCAUCUCACAGACCAAAUCCGGAUCAUCCUCGGUCUGCCACCUAUGAGCACCUCCACAUCAUCGCACUCUGGGUCUGACGCACCCACGACAUCGAAGAGUGAAACAAAUGGUACGAAAGAGGACCAAAGGACGGGCAUGUUCGGUCAGGAUAUGGACGAAGGAUACACUCGAAUAUAACGGAUUACAAAUAUGUAUUGUAACGAAAACUGUAUGGGCGUUGCUCGCGUAAUGACAGAAUGUACAUAUUGCAUUGUCGGUAAACAGACUGGAUACAGAGUGAUAUUUUUUAUAUUUUUAUAAAUACACGCUUUAUACACGUAAGUUUUGACUCCUGUUCGAUUUUGUCCCUUUAUGACUAUAUUGCAUUCGUUUAUAAGACAAAAAAAUAAAGUAAAAGUAAAGUAAAGUAACGGUAACUAUGACAUUUUUUUUAAUUUCACGAAACUCAUUUAUUUGACAAAAUGUAUAUGAAGUUACACUGUAUUUUAAGUAUGGUAUGUUCUUAGUUCAUUAGCGAAGCGUCUACUUAUUCUAGAUUAUUAAAAAUACUCCUAUAAAAAGUAUUAACCCACCAAAGUGAUUGUACAUACAUUUGAAAUAUGUGCCAUUGUUCCUGGUAUUAUUAGUAUGUUCCUACAUUGUGUAAAUAGAAUAAAUAAUGUGAUUGUAGAUUAGAUAAAUAAUUGGAGAAGUAUGAAGAUUUGAAUCAAACAAUGUCAAAAUGUGUGUAGGCAAAUUCAGAUAUCCUUUAUUGUAUUGUAUAUUAAAGCAUAUCUCGGAAGACAUGUAGUUGUUGCUAUUAGCUUUACAAGACAUAGUCUUAUUGCCAAGCAAUAGAAAGUCAAUUAAAAUGUUUUAGAGUUCGUCCAAGUUCAAACUUGAAACGACGCGCCCACUCUCGAUAAGUCUGUACGCUUUAUUUCGAUCACCAAGUUCCAUCAAUAAGCAACUUGGAAGUAGGGCGCGUAAUUUUAAGUUGAUAUAAUCUCUUCGCCACAUAUAGAAUUGCUCGCUCAAAUACAAGCAAAUGCCUUACGCUCGGUGCUUUGCCCUUGAAUAGGAGUCAAAAUUACGAAUAUUGCUGUCGAUCUAUGACAAUCUUCUAUCCUAUACAAUAAUUAUUUUAAAAAUAAAUUAGUGAUUAAUUUUGUUAUAAAACAAAUUGUAUUGUAAGUUAAAUGUAAUUGCUAAGUUCGCCAUUUUGUUUCUUUACUAUAAUAUCAAUUAUUUCGAAUAUGAUUUCAGAAUGUUUGUGAUUAAAAUUAUAUUCUUUAAAUAUUAUUUUUUAUUAAAGU